AUGCCAGUGAAAGACUACAAAAUUGUAGUAUUAGGAAGUGGUGCUGUCGGAAAGUCAUCAAUCACAGUUAGAUUUGUACAAGGCAUUUUCUUAGUUAAAUAUGAUCCAACAAUUGAAGAUUCUUAUCGUAAACAAUUAGAUUUGGAUGGACAACAAUAUGUCCUUGAAAUUUUAGAUACUGCUGGUACUGAACAAUUUACUGCUAUGAGAGAUUUAUAUAUGAAAACUGGACAAGGAUUUGUUCUUGUGUAUUCCAUUAUUGCACAAUCUACUUAUAACGAUCUUGAUCCAAUUCAUGAUCAAAUUGUUAGAGUUAGAGAUACAGAAAAUGUUCCAAUUAUUGUUGUUGGUAACAAAUGUGAUCUUGAGAGUCAAAGAAUUGUUUCACAAGAUGAUGGUAAAGCUCUAGCUGAUAAAUAUGGAGCUGAAUUCCUUGAAGUUUCUGCUAAAGCUGAAAUUAGGAUUUCAGACAUUUUCACUACUCUUAUUAAAAGAAUUAAUGCUAUGAACCAAACUAAACCAAAGAAAAAGAGUGGUGGAUGUUCUCUCUUCUAA